AUGGAGGAGAGCAAGCUUAUCUUCAGCCUGGAUCGCCAUGACGACGGCCCCUCUGUGGUCUUUUCUAAAGACAAACCACAAACAAGAGAGUCUUGGCCUGACUGCUGUCUUGAGAUGAAUCUAGACCUGAACCAAGGCCAAAGCUCCCAGCCUCGCUUGUUGCAUCACUCCCCCUCAUCCCCGAGCUCUUUAUCUGAUCUGUCAGCACCAUCAGCAGACCUGCUCAUCACCCCUGGACUGGUCAAAUCGUCCUCCACAGACCUGAAGGUAGAGGGGGAGAGCAGCACCGUGAGAGGCAAACCUCUCCUCAGCCUGGUCAAGUCCUUCAGCACAGAGAUAUCCUGUCGGGUCGAACCUGAGGUCAAUCUCUCCAAGUCUGAUACAAAGCUGCAUUUGCAGCCUUCCAAGCAGGUUACACAUCCAAGGACCCUAGAGGACAGGCCUGAAGGAGAGGAACUGGCUGAGAAUGAGGGCUGGGCUUCACCUCUGUCCGCAGGCAGCAUGUCUCCGACAGAACCUCGAGGCAGCUUGCUGAUCGCUGAGCUGGAGGACACAAGAAGGAAGUUUUCAGAGGCCAUGCAGGAUCCACUCAGCAUGCUGAGUAAGAUCAUGGGGGAUGAGAGCUCGGUAAGCCCCAAGCAGAGGAGGGGUUCUAGUACGGGAGACUCACCGUUCUUCCAGGGCAGCUGUGAAAAAGACUCCAGCAGCGACGAUUCAGAUCUCAGGUGGAGAAGGAGGACGGACGGCAAGCACAGAGCCGAGUGUGAAGGCCUUCUCAAAACCCCCCAAAAGGACUCGCUGGUAAAAUCGUUCAUCUCCCCAGAACACCGCCUCCCCAGCAGAGAGAGUCGCCUGGAAAUCUGCACCUACGGAGACGUUCUUCAGGUGGUGGAGCUUCAGGGCGAAUCCAGACGAGUGCAUCAUCGUAGCACCCGGCCUCCAGUCACCGUGGCGGGUUCAUCUCUGCCGCUUCACUGGCUCCUUCCUGUUGGCCUUCUGGCUUAUGGGCUCUUUGUGCUGCCCGUCCCUCCGUACGUGGCCGGUCUCUCUCUGGGGGCUGCAUGUGGCUUUUUGUUAGGCUUGGUGGUCGUGUUCAUCUUCGCCCCUCGACGUACAGGUACUGGAAGAAACCAGGGGUCUCUAUACAAGGCUAAGCCCACAAACAUUAAUCCACUGGAUGGAAAGCUCGGAGAUACAGGAAUCCUAGAGGGCUGGAUGAAUGAGGCACCCACCUACGACCCGGAGACCUUCCACCCCUCCAUAACACACUCUGUCUAUGUGACUCUGGAGGGCAGCCGGCUGCGCCUGGCGUACCCCCGGGCCAACAUCCCACGGUGGGCAGCUUUUGACGAGGCGCUGCAUGAGGCCGCGUUUUUGCAUUCCUGCACCUACCAGCUGGCUAACAGUAAGGUGAUUCUGGUGCCGCCUGCUUUGGCUCGUAAGAGGGUGUGGAACAAGAAGUAUCCCAUCUGCAUCACCCUGGCCGAAGGGGAGGUGGGGGAGGAGAGUCAGGUCGAAGGACUGAAAGAGGGAAAGAAGGCAGAGAAACCCUGGGGCCCGGGCGACCAGGAUCCCGUCACCCUCUACCUGUUUGGUCGCACUGGGCGAGAAAAGGAGGAAUGGUUCCAGCACUUCCUGUCAGCCUCCAAAACUGAAGCACAGAGCCACCUGAGCGACGAGGAGAACACUGAAACACAGAGCGGGGCAGAGGCUGCUAAGGAGAGCACAGAGGAGCUGCUCGAGUUGCCGAACAAAACAAGAACGCUGUUGGACUACAACGCCUACAUGACUCAGCUGAUGGGACCAGAAAGAUGGAAUCCCACCUCCAGCCCCUGCCACAGCAACAAAGGAAGCCCCUCCACCUGCACAAAGAUUCACGCGGAAGACAGGGGUUCAGGGGGUGAAGCUGGAGGUGACGCAGGUGGAGCGUCUGAGUCAGGUGGACACCCUGCAGAAUGUCAGCCCUCCUGGGUGAACUCCCUGGUGGGGAGGAUUUUCUGGGACUUUCUCCGGGAGAAAUACUGGUCCGAUCAGGUGGCUCACAAGAUCCAGAAGAAACUUGGCAAGAUCAAGUUACCGUACUUCAUGAACGAGCUGACUCUGGCUGAUCUGGACAUGGGCACCUGCCUUCCUCAGGUUUUAAGCACCUCGAAGCCUACGCUGGACCGCAGAGGCCUGUGGCUGGAGCUGGAGCUGGUGUACACAGGUUGCAUUCAGAUGACCCUGGAGACGAAGAUGAACCUUUGUAAGCUGGGUAAAGAGGGAGAGGGGGAAACUCACAGCAUUCCUGAAACUCUGCUAGUGGGCUCCAAGCCGAGGGUGUGCGUAUUAGCAGACAGUGAUGAGGAGUCUUCCAGUGCAGGAUCCUCGGAUGAAGAGGAAGUUCUCUUGUCUGAGCCACAAUCAGUGGGAGAGAAAAACACCCCAGUAGCUGCUGAUGGGCACACAGGUGGAAGUACAGGCAGGAAAAUCCUGAGAUUUGUGGACAAGAUAGCAAAAUCCAAGUACUUCCAGAAGGCCACAGAAAAUGAUUACAUCAAGAAGAAGAUAGCUGAGGUGUCCAACGUGCCCCUGAUGCUCAGUGUUGAGGUCUUGGAGCUUUCUGGAACUUUGGCCAUCAACAUCCCCCCUCCUCCCACCGAUAGGAUCUGGUACAGUUUCCAAGUUCCUCCCAGGUUAGACCUUCAUGUGCGCCCAAUGCUCGGGGACAGGGAGGUCACCUUCACGCAUGUGACCGAGUGGAUAGAGAAGAAACUGCAGUGUGAGUUCCAGAAAGUGUUCGUCAUGCCCAACAUGGACGAUCUGUAUUUGCCUCUGAUGACACCGGGCCAGGACAACUCGCCAGCAUCCCAGCGUUCCUCGGUGCACUCCUCAUCCCACCUGUCCUCCAUGGAGUCUCAGGAGAACCUGUUGGAGUGGGCUCACUCUGAGGCCACAAACAUCAAGUAG